UGCACCCGGGCGCUCGCGCGUCAACGCCACCGCAGCAGGAGUUGCCAAUCUUGUUGUUUGCAUGCGCACGCAGUUAUCUUUUGGAUUCUGGUAAACGUAUGUUUUGGAAAUGUAAUUUAAGACCGUGUGAUCAGAAUAUAAAAAAAAACUGUGAAAUCACGUGAACGGUUGAUGAGGUCAGGAUAGCUGCAUCAUAAAUGCGUAAUUCCUAAGCAACCAUGAGAAAUAUUUUAUAAUAUUUUUAAUAUAGGCUAUACUAUCCCAACCGACCGUCCACAACGUUUGAAAGUUGUUCUAAUGUAGCUAACCUUACCUAAUUGACCGUUUACAAUAGCUACGGUUGCGUUAGUACGUAAGUACCUGCACCUGCCCUGUCGCGGUGCACCCUGGCAGCGCACUUGUUCUUUGUGAAGCAUCGGGCCUACACAGGACGUAUACGUCCUGAAAAGGUCAGGGAAAGUAAGGGGGUUUAUCCGGACAAAAUUCAUGGAAACUCCCCAUUGACAGUCAUUUGAGGGGGAAAUGUCAUGCUCCCGUCUGCCUUUGCCCAGGCUGUCAAAGUAUUUUUUUUCAUGUAUUUUAGUGCAUAUCCAAAUAAAUACACUAAACAAUUUUGUUUGCAAGGUUCUGUUCAGAUAAAAAGUGCGAAGAGAAAACUAGGCCAGCUGUGGUGAUGACGGAGGCUGGUUUUUAUUUCUUUCAGAAAAUAGAAAAAUAGAUUUAUUUUUUUUUUAAUUAGGGAAAUUUAAUUAUAAAGAUUUGUGUAGGCAUAUUGUUACAGCAGGUGGUCUAGUUUGCCUGCUAAUUGUAAAUUCACCUGUGGUAAAAAUAACACUAAUAUUUCUUUCCAUUUAGGCUCGUCAGAAAACUUUGAAUCAGCAUUUUAAAAAAAUCUCUGAGUGUGACUGCGAAUGACAACACAAUUACAUUUGCAUGCAGUUAGGUUGGCAGCCAGUCAAUAAAAGUAGUUCCGCAACUUAACGUCUUUUUGAUGGUGCCAUGUUUAAAAUAUUUGGUUUUUUUUUCUUUCUAUAACCAAGAGAGCAUUAUUUGGUGCAAAAAAUACAUUAUAUCUGUAGCAGUUUCAAGUGAGCAAGGUGUAUAUGUGCUGGGUGCAGAUUGCAUUAAGUUUGUAGACUCUUGAGGUCUGCAAUAAUUGCUCAAAUAUAUAAUGAGUGUGAUAAAAUUUUACAAUUUUAUAAAUAAGAGCAUCAGACAUAUGUUCAAAGGAAAUACAUACAGUAUGUAACAUUGUUUGGAGAACGUCUAAAGAGAAAUAAGCAAAUUGAAAAUAUGAGACAGAAGGCUCGGGAGACCAGAAACCAGGCUGCAGUCGGCAAUGAAAGAAGCGUGGAAGAGAGAGAGAAAGAGAGAAAGAGAGAGGUGGCAAGCCUGUGGCAGGAUCGAAGCAGACCCAUCAAGUCUUGGGAAACUCGUCCCAGACAAGUUUGUUUACAGUUGAAACAUUUCGUAUUUGUGAUAGAGAUAUGGUGCUUGAACGUAAGUAUUUAUAUCUUAUCAGUGGAACACACCCGUGACCUUGGCAUAACCCUCGAAGCAGUACUGAUGUAAUUCGCCAGCAAAUAAAAUUCAGAACACGUUGAACUGGCAGCCAUGGUGAUUACAACGGGCUGGAUGAGUUGCCAAGGCAGAGAGCUGCCGUAAGGAGACGUGGUGCGGGCCGACGGAGCAGGCGAUGGCCGUGUGACGACCCCAGUGCGCAUGCCCGGGACUGCUCCGGGUCACGGCCGGGGGUGGCGGUACCUCGUGCCUUGCUGGGAGCGUGCAGAGGCGGCGGACGACGGCAAGAAGAAGAAGAAGAAGAGGAACCGCGGGGCGCGGGGCGGGGCGAAGCAGCAGACCAGCCCGCCCACGGUGCCGAUCAGCGAGCUGUUCCCCGACGCGGUGUUCCCCGUGGGGGAGAUCAUGGAGCACCCGGCGGUGAGCAGCUCUCAGACGGCCAAGGACCGCUUCACGAGCGAGGAGAAGAGGGCGCUGGACCGACUGCACAACGACAUCUACAACGAAGUGCGCCAGGCAGCGGAAGCCCACCGCCAGACUCGCCGGCACGUGCAGCAGUGGGUGCGGCCGGGCAUGAGCAUGAUCGAGAUCUGCACGGAGCUGGAGGAGACGGCGCGCCGCCUCAUCGGGGAGGACGGCCUGAAGGCGGGGCUGGCCUUCCCCACAGGCUGCUCCAGGAACCACUGCGCGGCCCACUACACGCCCAACGCCGGCGACCCCACCGUGCUGCUCUUCGACGACGUCACCAAGAUAGACUUCGGCACGCACAUCAACGGGCGCAUCAUUGACUGUGCAUUCACGCUCGCGUUCAACCCAAAGUACGACAAGUUGAUUGAGGCGGUCCGUGAUGCGACCAAUACUGGCAUCAAGGCGGCGGGCAUCGACGUGCCGCUGUGCGACAUCGGCGCGGCCAUCCAGGAGGUGAUGGAGUCCUACGAGGUGGAGCUGGACGGCAAGGUGUACCAGGUCAAGUCCAUCCGCAACCUCAACGGCCACUCCAUCUCCCCGUACCGCAUCCACGCGGGCAAGACGGUGCCCAUCGUGAAGGGGGGGGAGGCCACGGUGAUGGAGGAGAAUGAGUUCUACGCCAUCGAGACGUUCGGCUCGACGGGCCGCGGCCAGGUGCAUGAUGACAUGGAGGUGUCCCACUACAUGAAGAACUUCGACGCCGGCUACGUGCCUCUCAGGCUGCAGUCGUCCAAGUCGCUGCUCAACGUCAUCAACAAGAACUUUGCGACGCUGGCGUUCUGCCGGCGCUGGCUGGACCGGGCGGGCUGCACCAAGUACCAGAUGGCCUUGAAGGACCUGUGCGACAAGGGCAUUGUGGACCCGUACCCGCCGCUGUGCGACGUCAAGGGCAGCUUCACGGCCCAGUUCGAGCACACCAUCAUGCUGCGGCCCACCUGCAAGGAGGUGGUGAGCCGCGGCGACGACUACUGACUGCUUCCACAGCUUCCACCGCACCGCCGCGGCCAACAUCUCGAGUUUCCAUUUCUGGAACACGAGUUUUGGGUGCUAGUUUGCCAAAAUAAAUUUGGUUUUCCAAAA